GUAAAAUAUUGCAGCAGGAACCCAUGGAGUGGACAAGAUGAGCCUGGUUUGGUACCUGUUUCGUCGUCCACCUGAAGGGCAUAGCCAAUAUCCGAAAGCGCCGAAAGCUCUGGAAACGGCCCGGUGGGGCGACCUUACCGAAGGACCAGGAAGCGAGUCACCGUGGACUAGCCACCGUCGGUCUUCACCUGGCUUCAGUUCGGCUUUAUGGAAGCGAGGUGUGCUGCAGCGACUAGGCGGACGAUGUUCUUUUCUUCUUUUCCACUUUUCUCCCUUCUUCUCCUUGCCGGCCGGUACUGUCACUCCGAAUGCGUCGAGAAACAGGAACAAAGUGUAGGGGCGGAUCACCGCGGGCCGGCAUUUGUUUCGUUGUUUGACGAGUCCGGUUUCCAGUUGACUUGUCCCAGCCAGGAAUUUGCGGCGGCCUCAAUCCGUCAUCUACAAAUAACUUGGGGCGCGAUCUUGUCAACCUUUUUUGGGAAGCCCUGUCGCACCACGGGGCUUUCUCACAGGCCCAGGGACGGACCGCAGCGCACACGACAUGCAUCCGACAAAACUCAUCCUCAGACUCGAGGUCAGUGCGCUUGGCAGGGGAAAGCGGCCAGAGGCUGGAAAGGGAGACGUCAAGGGGAUGAAGACGGCCGACGUGACAACAGCCAAAUUAGAGAGCCCUUGAAUCCUGGCGGGCUUGCAACGGCUUCACCUGAUCUGAUGUCUUUCCCAGGACGGUAUCCUAAUCGUGAGCUCCCUGUUGCUGGAUGGGUACCUGCACUGCCUGGGAAUAAUAAUAAGACGCGGUGACACCCCUGGUAAUGUCGUGUCGUGCAACGACCGAAGCCCUUGGAGUUUGUCUGUAACCGGUACCGACGCCCGUGCGACGCUCAGGGCAUAAACUAAGGCAUCUGUGACAUUCCGCCUCAUCUACGGAUGUGAGGCCCGCCGAGAUCGGUAUUAUGGGGUGCGUCGUGUGUGGAACCCGUUCAUCUGUCACGGCGCGAUGGUGACUGAGCUGAGAGGCAGGGGGUCCCUUGGGUCCCUUGGGUCCAGCAAUCCAGCAAU